CCAGCUUGAAGAGGCGGGCUGGUGGCAUUUGGAGCCAGAGUGCCCACGGGCUGUGGCUCAGGUGACCAACCUCUGUCUCCAGGAGCGUGGGUGACCCUGCGAUGAUCCAGAAUGUGGGAAGCCAUCUGCGGAGGGGCUUUGCCUCUGUGUUCUCGAGCCGCACAUCCCGGAAGUCAAUCUCGCACGCAGGGUCCGAGGGCGCCAUGGCCGAUGGCGAGGAUGAUAGGAACCCCACGGAGGUGCAGAUGAGCCAGCUGGUGCUGCCCUGCCACACCAACCAGCGGGGCGAGCUGAGCGUCGGGCAGCUGCUCAAGUGGAUUGACACCACAGCCUGCCUGUCUGCGGAGAGGCAUGCGGGCUGCCCCUGUGUCACAGCCUCCAUGGACGACAUCUAUUUUGAGCACACCAUUAGUGUCGGACAAGUGGUGAAUAUCAAGGCCAAGGUGAACCGGGCCUUCAACUCCAGCAUGGAGGUGGGCAUCCAGGUGGCCUCCGAGGACCUGUGCUCUGAGAAGCAGUGGACUGUGUGCAAGGCCCUGGCCACCUUUGUGGCCCACCAACAGCUGUCCAAGGUGAAGCUGAAGCAAAUCACCCCACGGACAGAGGAGGAGAAGAUGGAGCACAGUGUGGCUGCUGAGCGCCGGCGCAUGCGGCUGGUCUACGCGGACACCAUCAAGGACCUCCUGGCCAACUGCACCAUUAAGGAUGACCCCGAGAGCAGGGAUUACAGCCGCACGGUGCCGGCCGAGAAGACCCGCGUGGAGAGUGUGGAGCUGGUCUUGCCGCCCCACGCCAAUCACCAGGGCAACACCUUUGGGGGCCAGAUUAUGGCCUGGAUGGAGAAUGUGGCCACCAUUGCAGCCAGCCGCCUCUGCCGGGCCCACCCCACGCUGAAGGCCAUCGAGAUGUUCCACUUCCGGGGCCCGUCCCAGGUCGGGGACCGCCUGGUGCUCAAGGCCAUCGUGAACAAUGCCUUUAAGCACAGCAUGGAGGUGGGCGUGUGCGUAGAGGCCUAUCGCCAGGAGGCCAACCCCCACUGGCGCCACAUCAAUAGCGCCUUCAUGACUUUUGUGGUCCUGGAUGCAGAUGACCAGCCCCAGAAGCUGCCCUGGAUCCAGCCGCAGCCCGGGGAUGGUGAGCGGCGCUACCGAGAAGCCCAAGCCAGGAAGAAGAUCCGGCUGGACAGGAAGUACAUUGUGUCCUGUAAGCAGGCGGAGGUGCCCCUCUCUGUGCCCUGGGACCCUAGCAACCAGGUGUACCUGAGCUACAACAAUGUAUCUGCCCUGAAGGUGCUGGUAGCCAAGAGCAAUUGGGUGCUGUCCUCAGAAAUCAACCAGGUCCACCUGUACACCCUGGAGGAGGACAAGUUCCUGUCCUUCCACCUGGAGAUGCUGGUGCAUGUGGAUGCUGCCCAGACCUUCCUGCUGCUUUCGGACCUGCAACGGAGGCCAGAGUGGGACAAGCACUACCGGAGCGUGGAGCUCGUGCAGCAGGUGGACGAGGACGAUGCCAUCUACCACGUCGUCAGCCCUGUCCUCGGCAGCGAUGCCAAGCCCCAGGACUUCGUGAUACUGGCCUCACGGCGGAAGCCUUGUGACAAUGGGGACCCCUACAUCAUCGCGAUGAGGUCGGUCACGCUGCCUACACACCCUGAGACGCCUGAGUACCACCGUGGGGAGACACUGUGCUCAGGCUUCUGCCUGUGGCGAGAGGGGGACCAGUUGACCAAGGUGUCCUACUACAACCAGGCCACCCCUGGCUUUCUCAACUAUGUGACCUCCAACGUGACUGGCCUGUCCUCAGAAUUCUACUCCACCUUCAAAGCCUGUGAGCUCUUCCUCCUGGACAACCGGAAUGACCUGGCCCCUAGUCUGCAGACACUCUAGGGGCCCACUGCAUGAGGACGGA